CAGAGACGAGCUUUAGCCCCGCUAGCAGUGGCGACGGACGCCGAGAGGAAGAGCAUCGUUUUUCUUGUCUCAGCGGACGACGCGUGAAUACCCGGGCGGAAACGGGGGACGAAGUUGGUCGGGUGCGAUUCGCGAGGGCUGCUGCGAAGGCGAACGUCAGCGGAGUGUCGGGUUGUGCGGGUCUAGAGGCGGACGCGAACUAGGCGAGAUCGCGAACCGGACAACGAGGAACUCGGCGGCCAGCGAGCGAGCGAGGCGGCGAGAACUCGGAAGAGAAAGGCCGUCGGUCGGAGGAAGGAAAAAAAACAAAAAACAAAGGCGAUCACCCUGGCAUAUCACGGUUGUCCCUCAUCACGCGGAUAUAAAAACGAGGCUUAGAAGAGAACGACGAGCGAUGGCGCUUAAAAGGAUCAACAAGGAGCUUAAUGACCUGUCUCGUGACCCUCCAGCACAGUGCUCCGCAGGACCAGUGGGUGAUGACAUGUUUCACUGGCAAGCUACAAUCAUGGGACCUCCUGACAGUCCAUAUCAGGGAGGUGUUUUCUUCUUGACAAUUCACUUUCCAACAGACUACCCUUUCAAACCACCUAAGGUUGCAUUUACUACAAGAAUUUACCACCCAAAUAUCAACAGUAAUGGCAGUAUCUGUCUGGACAUCCUCAGAUCACAGUGGUCUCCUGCACUCACUAUUUCUAAAGUACUUCUGUCCAUCUGCUCACUCCUAUGUGACCCAAACCCAGAUGACCCGCUAGUGCCAGAGAUUGCACGCAUCUAUAAAACAGACUCUCCGAAAUACACUAGAAUAGCAAAAGAAUGGACACAGAAAUACGCAAUGUGAUGGCCUCCUCUGGAAAGCUCCUGGGAAAUGUCGCUUGAUCAAACUUAAAAUUCUUGGUUUCCUUUUUUUUUUUUUUUCCUCCAAAAAUUAAACCAUUCCCCCUUUUCACCCAUGUGCUCAUAAGAAGAUAGUGUUUUCUUGCCCAAACACGUGCCACGUUCUGCAAAGUUUCUGUCACCAUGUUCUGUUGGAGUUAUUCACAGCAGUAAUUAAAUCUUGGUUUGAGCAUGCAGUACUGAGAAGGCCUGGCUUUUCUACAGUGACACGUUUUCAUUCAAACCUAGAAUUGAUAAUGUUACCCAUUUUUCUCUUAAAUUGACACCGACCCAUUUCUAGCCCGCAUGUCAACCAGGCAUCCAGUUGAGCAACUGGCUGGAUCUUGUGGGAUUGGCAGAGUUUAAUCAAGACCAAGUUCCUCAGAGCAUCCAUAGCCUUAGGUAACUACUUUAUUUUUUGCCAAUUUUCUGUAAUUUUUCCCUGGGCACUGCAGCUGCCCACUCCUAUAUGAUAGGAUGGGUUAAAUGCAGAAAACAAAAUCGUUGUAACUACGAUGUCAAAUUGACUUUCAUUAGCCCCAUCCUCGAAACCAACAAUGGGAUUUGUGUUACUGUUGAAUAAUAUCCAUCCGUCAUCCAAACCGCUAAUCCUGCUCUCAGGGUUGCGGGGAUGCUGGAGCUUAUCCCAGCAGUCAUUCGGCGGCAGGCAGGGAGACACCCUGGCCAGGCCGCCAGGCCAUCACUGAAAUAGCAGUUUUGAUUAAAUAGUGGAAUCUAAGAUGCAAGACUAUCGAAUCUACGAAAGCUGUGGGAAACUUGGUCUUGACCUCUGGAACGUCCUUAAAGCUGGGGUAGGUAGUGUUUUUAUAGCGUCGUUGGGCAAAAGUUCCAUAAUAACCUUUCAGCAUAUUGUAAUUAAAGUGGUCUGAGAGAAAACUGGACUUGUGAACCACCUCUUGGCUCUGUAUUCAGGCUUUAAAAAAAAAAUCUAGCCCAGGACGGAAGGUUUUUUGCCAAUCACCGGUCAGUUCAGAGAGAGGGUGUUCCUAUUGGCUGUUCUACAACCGCAGAUGUGCUUGUAGAGAUCAAUUCGCAACUGCCCUGCCCCCGUCGGUUGCUUGUGGUUGCAACCCUAACUCUAAAAAUCAACAAGACCAACUCGAAAUGGCUGUUUCACAUGAACAAUAUUUGUGUAACUGAGAGAUUCUAUGAAAAAAUAAUCUUUUAAAUGGAUCAAUGAUCACCUGCGAUACAAGUUUCACGAGUCUCGCUUUGACAUUUCCUGCUUGUACACGAGUGUAAGGGGCCGAAGAGCGAUGCGGAAGUCAUUUGGUGGGAGGGGCUUAGCGGAGUGAUGCAGAGGCGGAAGGAUUUGCAUUGGAAUGUUCAAUGUUACCUACUGCAGCUUUAACCGGAACGGAGACGGUAUGCUCUUAAUUAUAAGUAUUAAACUCAAAAAAAAAAAACAUGAUGAAAAAUCGUGUAUUUUAAUUCCACAACCAAUCGUGUGUACAAAGAAGCAAAGCAGUAUGCAUCUAUGUUAAGGAAACAUGGUAUAAGAACCUCAAUGUUGUAUUUUAUGCAUGUUAAUAAAAGUAGAUUACUAUAUCUGAUAUGUUACUGCAAAUUAAGCUGAUUGUAAGGCUCGGUGGAUGGAAUUCUUUUUUUUUAUCCCCUUCAAAAGCUUUCUAUCAUUUUGUUCAUUAUUAAGUAGUCAAAGAUCUUUUAGUUUUCUUCCCAUUUAAACACUGUCUUCUUGUAGCCCUGAAAUAUUGGUGCAAAGCUAACGGUUGAUUACCAACCCGUGGCUCUGCAGCUUUUUAGUUUUCCCUUCAAUAAAGUUACCCAAAAUCGUUACAAAAACUAGUGGUGCAUUUCUUCCAUGUUGGUGUUGAAUUUGCGAGUGGGUUUUGAACGACAGCGUUUUAAAUAUGAAGGACCUCCACUGACACCCAAGGCCUGUGGGCUCUGUACUGUACAUUCUGUCCCAUCAUCUGUAAAGACACUUCCCAUGCUUCAUUCUGCUUCCUUCUCCUGAGCCUACUUUCAAAUUUAUGUGUGGCGUUUUUAAAUAGCCCUUGUAACAUGAUUAAGAAAAUGCUGUAUAACGAUCAAAUGUAUUUCCCAGUCGAGACCUAUUUACUUCUACAGUUGUCUUUUAAAGCAUGAGAUAAGUUGGUGCAGGUUUGGAUAUUUU